CCCAGCCCGGCCGCGGGGCGCGGAGGAGGCGGCUCGCUGGCACGGGGGCGGGUGCGCGGCGCGGCCGCAGGAUGCAGGCCAUGGACACGGCCGCGGCGGAUCUCUACGAGGAGGACGGCAAAGACCUGGACUUCUACGACUUCGAGCCGCUGCCCACCCUCCCCGAGGACGAGGAGAACGUGUCUCUGGCCGACAUCCUCUCCCUGCGGGACCGCGGCCUCAGCGAGCAGGAGGCCUGGGCCGUGUGCCGGGAGUGCAGCCUGGCCAUGCAGAGCGUGGUGCACGCCGCCAUCUUCCAGAGCAUGUGCAUCACACCGGACACCCUGGCCUUCAACACCAGCGGGAACGUGUGCUUCAUGGAGCAGCUCAGCGACGACCCUGAGGGUGCCUUUGUCCCCCCGGAGUUCGACAUCACUGGAAACACCUUUGAGGCUCACAUCUACUCCCUGGGGGCCACGCUGAAGGCCGCCCUCGAGUACGUGGCGGAGCCCACGCUGGAGCCCAGGCUGAGCCAGGACCUGGAGGCGCUGCUGAGCCGGAUGCAGGCGGAGGACCCCGAAGAGCGGCCAGACCUCCAGAGCAUUGUUGCGCUGUGUGAAGGGAAGCUGCAGCCCACGUCCUCCUGCCGUGUGUGCCGGAGCCUCUCUGCCGUGGGGAGGAGGGUUCUCUCCAUCGAGUCCUUCGGAGCUCUGCAGGAUGUCAGUGAGAGCAGCUGGCGGGAGAGACAUGCCCCAGGAAAUGCUGGGCCCAGGAGGCCGCCUGGGGACCCUGGCACUGACCCGGUGGUUCUGCCUACCCCUGGGGGCCGGUGCCCGCCCCCCACCCCCGAAGGACCAGAGUCUGAGGCUAGCCAGGGCCCCAGAGUUUCCCCAACCAAGGCUCUGCUGUCCUCCCCCAUGAGAAACGGAGAGAGCCAUGGCCAGGAGGAGCUGGCCGGCCUCGUCCUGGAUGCCGAGUGCCCUGUUGGGGAGCCAGACAGAGACGCCCUCAGGAGAAGCCGCCUGCGGAAGGUGCGGACAUUCCCCAGGCUGCUGCCCGACAGCGCCGAGGCCGCCCUCUGCCUGCCGCUGACCCGCGGGAAAAGCCAGCUGCCCGUGUCCGAAUUCUUCCCUCCGGACCCCAGGAAGGCCUUUCUGGAUGGGAAAAAUGGCCUGACUGGCUUCCAGGCUCAGCCCACACGCAGGCUGUGGCCAGAGCAGGAGCCGGAACUCCAGCUGGGCAGGUUGCCCUGUGCAGCCCGCAGAGUGGACAGGGUCCCCGGGGUGCCCGGCAGCCCAGGCCAGCCUGAGACUUCACACCCCAGCCAGGGGCCGGCGGAGGCCAGACCCCCGCCCUGCCCCGCAGACCCUCGAGAUGAGAGCAGUGAAGCCCAGACUCCCAGGGAUGACGAGAGAGUUCCAGAAGGCGCCAGGCAGCCAGGAAGCACAGCCUCGGAGCAGUGCGUGUCCCUGCAGGACCUCCUGUCGCAGCUGGGCCGGCCCUUCCGGGAGUACGAGCUGUGGGCCCUGUGCCUGGCCUGCCUCCACGCCCUGCAGUCACACCCCCAGCACCCAGCCUACCUGUGUCUGGACUCCGUGCUGGUCGCUGAGGACGGGGCUGUGCUCUUCCGGCCGCCCCCUGCCAAUGGCACCUAUGACUCGUUCUUCCUGGCUCCUGAGCUGGCAGAGGAGAGGCUGGUCACGGAAAAGGCCUCUGUGUACUGCGUGGCCGCUGUACUGUGGACCGCAGCCAAGUUCAGCGUCCCCCAAAACCAGAAGCUGGCCCUACCACGCAGGCUCAAGGCCCUCCUCCUGGACAUGGCCAAGCGCAGUGCCCUGGAGCGGCCGUCCACGGCCGAAGCCAUCAAGGUGUGCAGCAGCUACCUCCUGCAGCGAGGCAUGGACAGCCGGAGCAUCCUCGCCCACCUCAGAGCUUCCACCUGCCAGGUGUACCAGGAGGAAGAGACCAUCAGCCUCCAAAACACCUUCUCGGUGGUUGAACUGAAGCCCAGCCCAGCAUCAGCCUUGGAGCCCGGCCCAGGCUUCCUGCCGGUGAACAGCGACACUGGGCUUGUGGCUGUGCCAGGGCCCGUGCCCGGCCAACAUCCCUGCUGUGAAGAAGCCGCCCAGCUGCCCGAAGCAUUCACCUCCGAGGCCACGCACUUCAAGCCCAUCAUCCUCACGCAGGACCCCAGUGUGGCCAGGGACCAGCCUGCCUUGGCCCAGGAGGAGUCCCAGGAGAGGAACAGCCAGAGGGAGAGGGAAGGUGAGGGGACGCUCUGCCCGGAGGCUCACGCCGGGUCACCCAGUCUGAAGGCACCUGACGGGCCACAGGGAGCAGCCCCAGAGCCUCUUGGGGAGUCAGUGCAGCGUGGCUCAGCCCAGGGCUGCCCCUGCCCUCCACCCGCAGCCCCAGCAAACCAGCCAGACGGGGCCUCAGCCGAGGUUCCCAGCCCAUCUGCGCUGCCCGGAGAGCAAGGGCCGGCUGGGCAGGUCCUUCCUGGAGUCACUUCCGGGGGCCUCAGGCCCGGCGCCCUGGGGCCCACCACGAUCCACCACGGCCCUCGACACCCGCCCAAGCCUCCCCGCAGCAAGGCCACCGAGCGCCCAGGUCAGGAGCCAGAGGGCCUCAGGGCCACCCCUGCUGGGGAGCAUGACAACCAGAGCCCGGACAGUGUCCCAGAGAGGCCACGGCCCGCAGACCGGAGGCCCUGUCUGCCCUGUGUGGAUGCCGCACCACUGCCGGGGAGGACAGCCUGCCCGUCGCUGCAGGAGGCCACACGCCUCAUCCAGGAGGAGUUUGCCUUCGAUGGCUACCUGGACAACGGGCUGGAGGCUCUGAUCAUGGGGGAGUACAUCUUCGCCUUGAAAGACCUCACCUUUGCUACUUUCUGUGGCGCCAUUUCCGAGAAGUUUUGUGACCUGUACUGGGACGAGAAGCUGCUGCAGAGCCUCUUCAGGGUGGUGAACCGGCCGGCGUCACCCUCCGCAAGUGCGGCCGAGGAGGCUGGGUCACAGCCAGAGGUCAGCCCCAGGCCCUGCUCCCCAUCCAGCAAGAGGCCCUCCCUGCACCGCCUGGGAAAAGAGAAGCCAGCCGUGGCCAGGGCCAGCUGGGCCCCCUGCCCACCCACCUCAGUGUCCGGCGUGGACUCAGACGAGCUCUCGCGGGGAAACUUUGAAGUGGGAUUUCGGCCUCAGAGGUCCAUAAAAGCCGACAGAGUGCAGCUGCCUGAGGCGGACGAGGAAAGGCGGUCGGCGGGCGGAGCCCUGGACGUGGAAGCCGUGGCUACACCAGCCAAGUCCAAGGGGGGCAGCCCGGCUGUGUCCCCCGGCCCCGCUGGACUGCAGAGCUGCAGCCCAGGCUGGUGCAGCGCCUUCUACGAGGCCGACUGCUUCGGGGCCGACGUCCACAGCUACGUGGAGGACCUGGGGCGGCAGCACGCGGACGGGGCCCUGCCCGACGCCCACAGCCCGGAGCUGGAGCAGCAGCUCAUGAUCGAGAAAAGAAACUAUCGCAAGACCCUGAAGUUCUACCAGAAGCUCCUGCAGAAGGAAAAGAGGAGCAAAGGCUCUGACGUCAAGACCAUGCUGUCCAAACUGAAAGGGCAGCUGGAAGAAAUGAAAUCCAGGGUGCAGUUCCUCGGCCUGGUCAAGAAGUACCUGCAGGUCAUGUACGCGGAGCGCUGGGGCCUGGAGCCCUGCGCCCUGCCGGUCAUCGUGAACAUCGCGGCCGCGCCCUGCGACACGCUGGAUUUCAGCCCCCUGGACGAGUCCUCCUCACUCAUCUUCUACAACGUCAACAAGCACCCGGGCGGCCGGCAGAAAGCCCGCAUCCUGCAGGCCGGCACGCCGCUGGGGCUCAUGGCCUACCUCUACUCCAGCGACGCCUUCCUGGAGGGCUACGUGCAGCAGUUCCUGUACACCUUCCGCUACUUCUGUACGCCCCACGACUUCCUGCACUUCCUCCUCGACCGCAUCAACAGCACGCUGUCCAGGGCCCACCAGGACCCCACCUCGACUUUCACCAAGAUCUACAGGCGGAGCCUGUGCGUGCUGCAGGCCUGGGUGGAGGACUGCUACACCGUGGACUUCACCCGGAACAGCGGGCUGCUGGGGCAGCUGGAGGACUUCAUCUCCUCCAAGAUCCUACCCCUGGACGGCUCCGCAGAGCACCUGCUGGGCCUCCUGGAGGUGGGUACAGACCGGCGGGCGGAGGGCAGCCCUCGAGGCACAGACCUGGAGAACCCCAAGGAGGCGGAGGAAGACACCAGGCCCUUCAACGCCCUCUGUAAGAGGCUCUCGGAGGACGGCCUCUCCCGGAAGAGCUUCCCCUGGAGGCUGCCGCGGGGCAACGGGCUGGUACUGCCACCGCACAAGGAGCGGCCCUACACCAUCGCCGCGGCGCUGCCCAAGCCCUGCUUCCUUGAGGACUUCUACGGCCCCUGCGCCAAGACCAGUGAGAAGGGGCCCUACUUCCUGACCGAGUAUAGCACCCACCAGCUCUUCAGCCAGCUCACGCUGCUGCAGCAGGAGUUGUUCCAAAAGUGCCACCCAGUCCACUUCCUGAACUCACGGGCUCUGGGCGUCAUGGACAAAAGCACCGCCAUCCCCAAAGCCAGCUCUUCUGAGUCUCUUUCGGCCAAAACGUGCAGCUUAUUUCUGCCCAAUUACGUUCAAGACAAGUAUCUGUUACAGCUUUUAAGAAACGCAGAUGACGUCAGCACCUGGGUAGCCGCCGAGAUUGUGACCAGCCACACCUCCAAGCUGCAGGUGAACUUGCUGUCCAAGUUUUUGCUGAUUGCGAAAUCUUGCUACGAGCAGAGAAACUUCGCGACAGCCAUGCAGAUCCUGGGCGGGCUGGAGCACCCGGCCGUCAGGCAGUCCCCUGCCUGGAGAAUCCUGCCUGCAAAGAUCGCAGCAGUCAUGGAGGAGCUGAACGCCGUGGAGGUCUUCCUGAAGAGCGACAGCCUGUGUCUGAUGGAAGGACGGCGCUUCCGGGCACAGCCCACCCUGCCCUCAGCCCGCCUCCUGGCCAUGCACAUCCAGCAGCUGGAGACCGGUGGCUUCACCAUGACCAAUGGGGCCCACAGGUGGAGCAAGCUCAGGAACAUCGCCAAGGUGGUGAGCCAAGUGCACGCAUUCCAGGAGAACCCCUACACGUUCAGCCCCGACCCCAAGCUCCAGUCACACCUCCGGCAGAGGAUCACCCGCUUCAGCGGCGCCAACAUUUCCACGCUGGCCGCGGACAGCAGGGCCAACUUCCACCACGUCCCCAGCGAGAAGCACUCACGGAAGAUUCAGGACAAGCUACGGAGGAUGAAGGCCACAUUCCAGUAGCCAAGCUCAAGUGUGGGCCUGGUGUGGAGUUCCAGACCUGACCCAACUCCGAGGGGGGCAGGGGGCCGGGAGGCAGGAGCCGAGUCUCAGGUGCCACAGUUAGUGGGGCCCCUCCACCGCCGGGGCCCUGGGGAGCUGGACCGGGAGUUGCAGGUUCAGGGGACCCCAUGGGAACAGGCACUGCUGGUCUCCCAGCACACAGAGCCGGGACGGCACAAGAGUCUUGGAGGUUUGCGUGUUUCUGCUAGAAUUAAAAAGUUAAAUUUAAAAAUGAAAAGGAGAAACUGAACUUCCCAGGAGUUUUGUGCCUGCCUGCGCCUCUCACACACAGAUAAGUAAGUGGCUCUUACCCAGUUCCCGGCAAUUCCCCCACCAAACAGCAAUAGCCCCCACCUCGACCCUACCAACUCCAGAGCAGCCGCUCCCUGAGCAGGUUUCUGGGCCAGCCUGGGUCGGCUGAGCAACCGAGGACCGAGGCUGACCUCUGAGCUACAGGCCGACUGCAGCGGUGGGCCUUUCAGGUCUCUGUUGACCACGGCUCCCGGGGUCGGCGGGGGGAGGACUCUGAGACCUCCAUGCCGACUGAAGCUCCCGGGCUCUGAGGCCUCCUGUCUGAGACCCUGCCUGCAUUCAUCCCCCACCCACACCCAGAAGCCCCUCCUCCCCUCCCCUGGCUGGUGCCCCUCCCCAGCCCAGACCCCCAGGUGCCUGAGGCCACCUGCUGGAGCACCCACCUUGGGCUGGGCCCCUCACCCAUGGCUCAAGGCCCCCCAGCUUAGAACAGCCCGUGUAAGGCAGCCCCCCACCCUGGGCAAAGCCCUGCUUCCUAGAAAGGACCCUCACAGCAGCUCCAAGGUGGAGGCUCUGCGGCGGUGACCCAGAGAGUGCCCCCACCCAUCUCCUACCCCAGAGGCCACUGCUACCCUCGGCCUCCACAGCCAUGCAUGUGCAAGGCCUGCAGCCUCCACAGCCUGCCCGCCACCCCGCCCGCCCCAAAGCCCACCUGUGGCCUCCGAAGCUCACCGUACACUCGCACUUCACCAGAGGAGACAGGUUUUUGGACCCUGGGCAGCUGGUGUGGAGCCCCCAGCCGGGGCAUGGGAGACCCACGCAGUCAGAUCCACGCUGGCCUCUGUGGCCGGGUGGCCGGAGCCCCGAGCACCACCCCAGCUCUGUGGCUCUCACGGUGCCAGUCACCGCAAGACCCAGGGUAGUGCUUUUGAGUUUUAUAAAGUCAUUCCUUAGAGCAACCAGCUAGCGGCAUUUCUAGGAAAAACGUUACUUGCGACAAAACGCUGCAUUUUUCAUGUCAAGAUGUGCUUCCCACAUAAAUUCCCUGGCGACGUCCAGGCCCUGCUUCAACAUAACACAAGAGGAAGCUGGUGUCCUGGCCACACAAAUGCAAACGCAGUUCACGUCCACUUUUUCUUGGGGUUUUCUGUGAGGGUUAUGUUCUGCUGACCCACGCCCGCAUUAUCAGAUUCGGUCUUUAACAAAGAGUGUCGGGUGCAGAUCAACGCUCCCUCAGUCAGGACUUACUUCAUGGGGGCGGCAGGGAGGGCCAGGUCAGGACUGAAUUACGGGGGGCCCAGGUCAGGACUGACUCCCGGGGGGCCCAGGUCAGGACUGACUUCCCGGGGGCAGCCGGCUCAGGCUCCUGCUCCACUGUCUGCAUGGCUCCUGGUGCUGUAGCACCGAUUUCUAAAUAAAGUCCUUUCUACC